AUGACCUCUUUGAAUGGAGUCUCAGAACAAGGAAAGAGACUUAUCUUUGAAGUUCUCAGUCAUGUCGACUCGAGUGUGGCUGGCCCAAGGCUUGGACGACUCUCCCUGCCAGGUAGAGAGGAUCUUCUGACGCCAGGCUUUUUUGCCGUUGGUUCCCGUGGAGUUGUCCCGCAUAUCACGCCCGAUGUAAUCACAUCUCAUACAAAUUUUGGAGGUGUACAUAUGGCCUUAGAAGACUUUAUAGAGAGAGCGAACAAGGAUACACCCCCGAUUUUGAAUACGCCAGGUACCUCUCCUAUCCAUAGUUUUACAUCUCUCCCCCAAAACCUGUUCACUCUUCUGGCUCCUCGGCGGACACCGGCAGUUUCUGCUCCAAAUGGUAAUAGUAAUACUGCCAUCUCUGUAUUUACCUCUACUGGUUUCCAGACUGUCUCGAAUAAGACGUAUAUCUCAUAUAUCGAGGGCCUUCGACCAGAUAUUGCCAUCGGUUUGGCUGAUGUUCCUUAUGGUACCCAACCGGGGACGAAAAGGAUUGCCAAGAUGGGCGACAGAACCCAGGAAUGGUUAUCACAGCUUCUAAAAGAGAAGAUUGAGGGCCAGGCGGUUUUUGCACCUGUUCUUCCAAUCGAUUUUUUGGACCAGUCGGAAUAUAUUUAUCACGUUGCAGAGGAUUUAGCAAACCAAAUAGCUGGUCUUGCUUUUUACGACUCGAAUGUACUACCCGAUGUUCCGGCCACGUCAAUGGCCACUCGUCUCCCAAGACUCUCACUUGACGAGCCAUCGUCUCCACGGCAGAUUAUCAGGCAAGUAUCCCUCGGUAUGGAUAUGUUCACGGUGCCGUUCAUCGGGUUCGCAACGGAUGCGGGGAUUGCGUUGAGCUUUCGAUUCCCUCGCUCGUUGCCCGCCGGUACUUCCCCAACCCACGGGACUGAGAUUCUCCCUCUCGGAAUCGAUAUGUGGCCUGAAUCUCACGCAACAUCUUUGGAGCCUCUCAGUACUUCUUGUACCUGCUACACAUGUACAGACUAUCACCGAGCCUUCCUCCGACACCUGCUAUCAGCGAAAGAAAUGCUUGGUUGGGUACUAUUGCAAAUUCAUAAUCACCACGUACUAUCGGAGUUCUUCGCAGCUAUUCGCGAAAGUAUCAAAAAUGGAACUUUUAACGCGGACUGCGAUGAAUUUUCAAGGAUGUAUGAGCCAGAAUUGCCGGGGAAGAGUGGGCAAGGGCCAAGAGUCCGAGGAUAUCACUUCAAGAGUGAGGGUCCGGGGCAAGCGAAGAAGAACAAGUCUUCUUGGGGGAACUUUGGAAGCAGUGGCCAAGAGGGCACUGCUCUGGUACCCGAUGAGCCAGCAUCCUAA